AUUUGCGUGUCAGGGUCCCUGUGUCCCCAUGAAACGACGUCGUUCUGAACCACCCAUCUUCAAACCGACAACCUUGUGGACUUUUGGCCACGCAGAUCUCGCUGGGAAAAUCGUCUUCCUCACGCUUCAAAUCCACAGCGUCCAUUCCAAAAUGCAUAUCGUCUCUGACUCUCAUAAUCCAAGCCCAUUUCACCUGUGAAGCUGUUUUCAUCUCUCACUCUGCCAGAGGUCUCUUCCAAUCCCAAUCUCUUUGUACUUUCUUUAAGAUCCCAAACUUCUCUGCAUCCCAUUGAUCGGUCUAUCCAUUUCUUCUAGGGUUUUGAAUCCGUCGCUAUAAUUUCUAUUGUAUCAGUAAUUUGUUUCCAUUUCUGCUAAAUCUAGCCAAAUUAAGUGGAUCAACAGAAUCUUGAGGACCCACGUUUUAGUUUUUGCAAUGACUGGUUUUGAUGCUUCGUUUCCUUUCUAUUUCGCUGCAUUUGUCAAUGCUCUCCAUAUGGUUCUUUGAAUUGGUGAGUGUCCACUCAAUUUAGCAUUGAAUUUGAAAAAAAAAAAAACAAAACAGAAAAAAAAAAAACCUAGAAAACGAUGUCUUCGACUAGAUUUGAUUCGUCGAAGCAGUACUAUGCCACGAGCAGUCUCGUAGUGGGUUACGCGCUGUGUUCAAGCUUGCUUGCUGUGAUAAACAAGAUUGCCAUUACUCAAUUCAACUAUCCUGGCCUUCUGACUGCAUUACAGUAUCUGACUUCAGCGUUAGGUGUUUGGGUUUUGGGAAAAUUGGGGUUUUUGCAUCAUGAUCCGUUCACAUUGGAGAUCGCAAAGAAAUUCUUACCGGCUGCAAUUGUUUUCUACCUUGCGAUCUUUACGAACACAAAUUUGCUUCGCCAUGCCAAUGUUGAUACUUUUAUUGUAUUUCGGUCUUUGACGCCCCUUCUGGUUGCUAUAGCAGAUACGACAUUUAGGAAACAGCCAUGUCCGUCAAAGUUAACUUUCAUGUCGCUAUUGAUCAUUUUGGGUGGUGCUGUUGGGUAUGUAGCCACGGAUUCAGGUUUUACUUUAACCGCGUAUUCAUGGGCAUUUGCAUAUUUGGUGACAAUUACAUCGGAGAUGGUCUAUAUCAAGCAUAUGGUCACAAAUCUUGGUUUGAACACUUGGGGUUUUGUGUUUUACAACAAUUUGCUGUCUUUGAUGAUGGCACCGGUGUUCUGGGUUCUUACGGGAGAGUAUGCUGAUGUGUUUGCUGCUAUGAGAUCGGCUUCUGGGAACUGGAUGGAUUCCAGUGCACUUUUUGCAGUUUCAUUGUCUUGUGUGUUUGGAUUGCUUAUAAGCUUCUUCGGGUUUGCAGCUAGGAAGGCAAUCUCUGCCACAGCAUUUACAGUGACUGGUGUGGUUAAUAAGUUUCUUACAGUUGCUAUCAAUGUGUUGAUUUGGGAUAAGCAUGCUAGUCCAUUUGGGUUGGUUUGCCUCCUCCUCACAAUUGUGGGGGGUGUUCUUUAUCAGCAGUCAGUUACUGGAGCUGGCAGUGCUCCUUCACAGCGUGAUCCCGCUGUGUCUAAACAAACUGACGGUGAGAAUGAUGGUGAUUUUGAUGAUGAGAAUCAAGCAAAAGGAAUAUCGGUGACACCAUAAUGUGGAUGGAUUCACAUGGCCCCAUGCAGAAAGGAUUUGAUUUUCAUUUGAUGUUGGAUGACCCUUUUAACUAUUAUGGAAGGCUUCAAUUUAUCAAGCAUAUUCUGUUUUAACUUUCUUUGAAUCCAUGCCUCUCAAAAUGUCAGGUACAUCAAAGUGUGCAAAGUUUUAACUGCAGCAACUCUUGAUGCUGGCUGAGUUUUUGGACUCAUUUGCUUAGUCUGUGAGGAUGGAAGAGAAAACAGCAAAAUUUUCAAUUAGACAAUGCUGUGUGCUGAGUCAAUCUCUUUUUUUUUUUUUUUUUUUUUUUUUUUUUAUUUUUAUUUUUAUGGCCAGAUGUAAAAUGAAGUAGAAAUUUCGAACAAAAAAGUAUGGCAUUUAUGAACGGGCUGUCUAGUGAAUUCCUCUGCUUUCUGAGAUUAA